GUCACACCAGCGUUACAAGUACACAAACGUACUACAGCCAGGUCCCUCGCACCAGGAGGCCGCUAGUCCCGCUUGUCACCAUUGCCUUCCUCUCGGUUGUGCCCUCUACGCGCCAACAACACCACUCGACCUACUAACAUGUCCUCGUUUUUGCAAUACCUGAUACAAAAAAAAAUUGUGCGCAAGACUAACCACUAUAGAGCUCCCCGGGGUUUGUACAUCACAGUGCUAGCCGCCCAAGAUGUGACGGCGCUUCCAGAAGGCAUCCCUGCCUCCACACCCAUGUCUGCUGCAUACUGAUGCGUAGUAGCCUUGCAUGCGAACGCGACAGUGGCACAGCAUCUCAUAUAUCGUACAUGGCUGUGUGGUGGGAAUGGAGGGAUGCGAUGGCAUAGAGUUGCCAACUACAAAUCAAGAUUCCCUGACCCUCCGCCCAUUCGCACUGCCCUCUACGCGCCGUUCAAGGGUGGUCGGUCCACCAUGAGACCCCUAACCAACCCACACGGCGAAACUAGUACAGUUGCAGUGGUACCUUCUUUUAUGGUAUACGAGCGGGUCUCGACGUCAAUAUUAAUAUCAAACUCCAAGAGCUUAAGUAUGACGUUAUUCUGGCCUAGCCAGGUCGACACUUUCGUAUUUUCGUGGAAGCGCUCCAUUGUGUUAGCGUGAUCGGCACGAUCGCCAGGUCUUUGUUCAUUAGCAUAAUGUGCACAUCUCUUCGGUCUCUCCACUAGAGCAGAAGAGGCCCAUGAGCUGGUCCCUGCAUGUUUACUAUUUAUUUUGUUGGGGUUCUGCCUUGGUCGCAGCCAAGAAGCCCCUAUGCAUCCUAGAGAAGACUGGAAUGGAAGUGGUGUUGUUGGUCCGGGGACAAGCUCCAGCCAAGGCUGGUGUUCCGCCUGAAUACUAGUGGCACCAUGAAUAUAAAAAGGAAAAAAAAAGGAAAAAAGAGGAAACGAAACGAAACCAGAGGCACCUCAUCAAACACAUUAUACGGUGAUGUCUUUUGAAGAAACGUAGGAAAUAGAUUCCGAAUACCUUUUUCUCCGAUGUGGUGCGUGUCCCCCAUUGACGAGACUCAUUCCAAAAAUAUCCCAGACUGGAAUUCUGGUGAGUCUAGACCAAAAUGUCGAGACAGAGUAGCAGAAUGUAGGAUCGACAUGCAAAUCCUACUGCUUUAUUUCAUCUGAGAGGAAAUGGUGCUCAAGGGGCGCAGCAGACUACUAGAAAACAAGGGCAGCGAGGUCAUAUGGAGAAUAGGAGAGAAGACAGGGACCAACCACAUCCACCAGGGCGGGCAACGGGGUAAAAGGGUCGGCUGGCUAAUUGGAUCUCUUGUCAGAGGGAGGGCAGCCACUGGAAUUGCAGCUCGCCUUGCAUGGCAGCUAUCGAAACAGAACAGCUGAUAUAUUG